AUGCGACUGCAUCGGGCGCCCCUCUUGCUCCUGGGGGCCGUGCUGGGGUCCUUGGUGCCCGGGAGCCGCUGCGGCUCCUCCAAACACUCCCUGUGCUAUUCCUAUCUGAAGGUGUCAGAACCCAGCCAGGGGCUGCCCCAGUUCCUCUCCAUGGUCCACCUGGAUGACCAGCCCAUCGCUCGCUUUGACAACCACACCAGGAAGAUGAAACCUCUGGUGCCCUGGAUGGAGAUGGAGGAGACAAAGAUCUUUGUGGCCCCUGAAUGGAUGUUCAGGGCUGACCUGGAGACAUUAUCAAACUUCAACCACCAGACUAGAGGGCCUCACAUCUGGCAGGCGAUUUUGGGCUGUGAGCUCUGGGAAGACGGGAGCAAAGGAGGGUUUUUGCACUAUGGCUACGACGGGAUGGACUUCAUCAGCUUCGACAAGGAGACCCUCAGAUGGGUGGCAGCUCAGCCCCAAGCCGAGAAGGUCAAGGAGAAAUGGGAGGAUCUUCCAAGAUGGUCCCUGAGAAACAAAUUCUUCCUGGAGGAGACCUGCAUUGAGUGGCUGCAGAGAAAGCUGUACUACAGGAAUGAGACUCUGCAGAGGAUAGAGCCCCCAGUGGGGAAGGUGACUCGUAAGGUGGUUGAUGACCGCCUGGAGGUCCUCAUCUGCCAGGCCUUUGGCUUCUACCCCAAGGAGAUCCAGGCCACCUGGACCAGGGACGGAGAGGUCUGUGACUACGAGACCCUCCCUAGGAAUGUGGCCCCCAACUCGGACGGGACCUAUUAUGUCUGGCUCAGCAUUGAUAUUGACCCCAAGGAGAGGGACCGUUUUUGGUGUCGCCUGGAGCACCAGGGCUUGCAGGGGCCCCUGGUCUUAACCUUGGAGGAGGAAUCAG